AUGAAGGUUAUGAUUGAUACAGGUGCAAAUCGGACUUUUAUUUCCAUUAAAGCUUUACAUCCAUUACAUGACAAACAGCCUGUUAAUAAAUUACAUCAACGUGUUAUUUUAGCUGAUGGUUACACAUCUCUCUCUAUUUUUGGUAUAUCGAAAUUAUCUAUUAUGAUGGGUGAUAUGUUAACGUCUAUUAAAGCAUUUAUUGUUCAAGAUUUAUGUGUUGAUUGUAUAUUAGGUAUGGAUUUCAUUAAUAAAUAUAAAUUAAUUAUUAACACUGAAAAUCAAACCGUAUCGAUUUGUGCUGAUCAAAAACGUAAUACCUCAAAAUUUGAUGUUAACAAAAAUUAUAUUAGUCAUCCAGCACGUUUAAUUAACACCAUUAGAAUUCCACCUAAACGAACAGUGUUAGUUCCUGUAUCUGUUAGAUUGUCACCAGCUAAAGUAUUAUUUCGUCCUUCUUUUAAAUUACAACAACGCUCACCUAUUAUUAUGUUAAACUCUUCACUAGCCAUUCAUCGUCAUACUUCAUUUAUUUCCCUUCACAAUCCAACCACUGAUUAUUGUUUAUUACAUAAAGGUAUUAUCUUGGGAACAACUACUAUUCCUACAUUAGAUGUUAAACAUGAUCCCGAGAUAAAUCAUCAAUUAGUACAUGCAAAAAUUUCUGAUUUACUUCAACAUAUUACCAAUUCUGAACAACAAGACCAGGCUAAAUGUAUUCUGAUUGAACAUGCAAAAUUAUUUGAUACUAAUAGACCUACAAUUGCCACUAAUGUUAAACCACAUGCAAUAAAAACUCUUGAUCAUCCACCACCAACAUCUAAACCAUAUUACUCUACGCCCAGUAAACAAGAAGCCAUGUAUAAAAUAACGCAGGAAUUAUUACAUUUUGGAUUAAUUCGACCAUCAUAUUCACCAUACGCAGCACCAGCAUUACUGGUAGCAAAGCAUGAUGGUACAUGGCGAAUGGUAGUCGAUUACAAAAAAUUAAAUAAUAUUACAAUUAAAGAUAAUCAUCCUCUACCAAAUAUGGAACAAGCAAUUCAAGUAUUAGGCGGUGGUUAUAAGUUCUUUACAAAACUUGAUAUGAAAAGUGGAUUUUGGCAAAUACCAAUUGAAGAUAAAGACAAAUAUAAAACUGCUUUCGUUACGGCAGAUGGUCUUUAUGAAUGGAACGUUUUAGCUCAAGGAUUAAAAAACAGCCCCCCAUCUUUUCAACGUGUAAUGACACAAAUAUUAUCAUCAUGUCGAGAAUUUUCAUUAGUUUAUAUUGAUGAUAUUAUGAUUUAUUCUCGCUCCUUUACAGAACAUUUAAAUCAUCUGAAACAAAUAUUAUCUAUAUUAUCAAAGCAUAAUUUUCAACUUAAUCCAACAAAAUGCAGCAUCUUCCAACACCGAAUUGAUUAUUUAUCUCAUACAAUAUCUGAACAUGGUGUUAAACCUACAAAUGAGAAAAUUCAAGCCAUUAUUAAACUACGUGAACCUACAACAUUAGCUGCAGCAAAUAAAUUUCUAGGUGCCUUAUCAUGGUAUCGAAAAUUUAUACCUAAUUUCGCGACGAUCGCUGCACCUAUUCAUGCCAUAACAAAUUUAACAAAAACACAUCGACAUAAAUUUAUUUGGGCUGAAGUUCAAUCUCAAGCAUUUUUUCAAUUGAAGCAAUUAUUAAUUACUCAUCCAUUAUUUCUAGAUUUUCCGAAUGAUGACUAUCCUGUUAUAUUAACAACCGAUGCAUCAAAAUCUGGCAUCGGUGGUACAUUACAACAAGUUAUUAAUGGUGAAACAAAAAAUUUAUAUUAUCAUUCUCAAGUGACAUCUUCUACACAACGACGCUAUGAUCCGAUUGAAUUAGAAGCUUUAGCAAUAUGGUUAUGUUUUCAACGUAUGCGGUCUUAUUUAUUAGGUCGAUCAAUUAUCAUCUAUACUGAUCACUGUCCGUUGUGUAAAAUGAUGCAAUCAUCUGUGAAAAAUCGACGAGUUAAUCGUAUUUCUAUAUUAUUACAAGAAUAUAACAUCGAAAAAAUUAUUCACAUUAAAGGUCAAAAUAAUUGUUUAGCCGAUUAUUUAUCUCGUCAUCCAAUACAACAAGAUGAAGAAAUUUUUGAUGAGGAUUAUGGUAUAAGUAUGUUAUUUCAAGGGGAACCACCCGCGCGGGUGUAUGUUCCUGAUCACAAUCCUUCAUUUAUCUGUGCUGUCAGCACCCGUUCAAAAACACAACGUAUGAACCAACAAAAAAAUCCAAUCGAUUCCAUUGAUCCCUCUGUUAAAAAUGAUACAUCAUUAAUAUCCAAUCCAGAUAACGUUGCAUAUUCACAAGAAUAUCCGCUACCCUUAAUCAUACCUAGCAAGUUUGAUUUAACUCAAAUCAAAAUUGAACAAUCCAAAGAUUUAAUUAUUCAGGAAAAGAUUAAAGAGAUUAUGCAAAAUCCAAUGAAACAUCCUUAUGUAUUUCGAGAUGGUUUAUUAUAUAAAUUAAUGUCGAACAAUACGGAUAGCAUCACAAAGACAAAAUUAAUUUAUUUACCUUCAUCCAUGAUUGAUGCUCUACUUAAGUCGUACCAUAAUGAUCCACUUGGGGGUCAUUUCGGUAUCAAACGAACGUAUUUAAAAAUAAAAAAUAAAUUCUGGUGGCCACAUAUGAAACAAUCAAUUUUUCAAUAUAUUCGAUCUUGUUUACCUUGUCAACAACAUAAUAUAAGUCGUUCCAAAAAGCCUGGCCGACUCCAACCGAUUUCAACACCCGAAGGUCCGUUUCAAUUGAUUGGCAUUGACUAUUGUGGACCGUUUACGCGCACUCCUCGAGGUAAUAAAUAUGUAUUAUGUAUUACCGAUUAUUUUACAAGGUGGGUGACAGCAAUUGCCUUACCAGAUUGUUCAGCACAAACAACGGCUCAAGCAAUUUUUAACGAAUAUAUUUGUCGAUACGGAGUGCCAAUCUCUAUAUUAUCCGAUCAAGGUACGCAUUUUAAAAAUCAAAUUAUGGACUCAAUGGAAAAAUUAAUUGGCUAUAACCAUAUUUUUUCGACUGUUUACCAUCCGCAAACUAACGGAAUGGUCGAACGUUUUAAUGCAACAUUUGUGCCUCAACUUGCCAAACUUCAAGAUCGUGAAGCUAAUAACUGGGACGAAUUUUUGUUACCAGUAGUAUUUGGUUAUAAUACUGGUAUCCACGCCACCACUAAUUAUUCACCAUUCCAAUUACAAUUUGGACGUGAACCCCGUCUACCUGCUGAUCAACCUUCGACAUCUUUUACUUUCAAUAAACCAAAUGAUUAUUAUGACCAACUGAAAAAGAAUUUAUUCACAAUACGACGACAAGCACGUACAUGUAGUGUUGGUCGACAACAACAAUACAAAGUUCAUUAUGAUAAACAACGUCCUGAUCCUCAUUAUGAAGUUAAUGAUUUAGUAUUAAUUAAGAUUCAUGGAUUGAAAACAAAAUUAGAACCAAAAUAUUCGAUUACUCCAAAAAUUAUUAUUAAAACACAACAUCCUACGUAUUGGGUCAAAGAUGAACAUACACAAGUAGAAUCUCGCGUGCAUGUUAAUGACAUUCGACCAAUAUUUAUUUCAUAA